AUGAAUUCGACUGCUACCAUCGAAUCAUCCCUAAAGUCUUCAUCAUCCGCAGCAGCAACAGUAUUUUCUCCAUACUCCAGAGAUACCAAGACGUAUCAACAGCAGCAACAACAACAGUUACAAAUGCAGCAUAAACAGCAUUCACAAAAUUCCUCCUCACAGUCACACCAAAUGCCACCAUCAACAGCAGGAACAGGAGCAGCAACACCAGUAACUUCUAAUACAACCCAACCCCAAGUCCACAUACCAUAUAACAUCGAUUGGGUUUUUAAGGGCCUAAGGACACCUUCAAAGCUAUGGUAUAUUUGUAGUCAACUGGCAAUACUUGCUGUAGGAUUAUUUAGCAAAUUUGUUCUAGUUUUUAUGAAUAAAACACGCGUUUACAACAAAGAAAGACUGAUAGAAGCCGUAACAAAAAGACCGACAGGUGUACCCUUAGUUACAGUAUCAAAUCAUCAUUCGUGCUUUGAUGAUCCCGGUCUAUGGGGUGUCCUGCCAAUACGCUAUGUCUGUAAUACCUUUAAAAUUCGUUGGUCCAUGGCUGCCCAUGAUAUAUGUUUUACGAACAAAUAUCAUUCACUGUUCUUUAUGUUCGGAAAAUGUAUACCGGUAAUACGCGGUAUUGGUGUCUAUCAAGAUGCCGUUAAUCUGUGCAUACAAAAAGCCCAGCAAGGACAUUGGGUACAUGUGUUUCCCGAGGGUAAGGUGAACAUGACAAAAGAGGAAAUGCGUUUGAAAUGGGGUGUUGGUCGUAUUAUAUACGAAUCGCCCCGGGUACCCAUCAUAUUGCCCAUGUGGCAUGAGGGUAUGGAUGAAGUAUUGCCCAAUGUUGAACCCUAUAUCCUGAAAUGGGGAAAAAAGGUUACCCUCAACAUUGGAAAGCCCAUAGAUUUGAAUGAUUUCAUCGAUGACAUGAAAUGUAGAGGGGUGCCCGAACCGGAGGCUAGAAAAUUAAUAACCGAUAAAAUCCAAGAAGUUUUCCACCAUUUACGCUUAGAAACCGAAGAACUACACAAAAAACGUAACUAGUGUCUUAAGUCAAUAUCGUUUGUUCUACUCUUCAUUUUGCUAAUAGUAAUUGGUAAUUUAA